CCAUCUCCCAGUUACUACUCGUCCUCCAGUGCGAAACAUGUUCGAGAGGAUUACUUCUCUAUGGGUUUCUACGCCAGAGAAGCCCUAUGAUCCUACGGAUCCGAAAAUGAAUCCCUUGAACCCACAAGGACUCAAACCUUGUUGCGCGUGCCCUAAAACAAAAUCUGCACGAGAUGGUUGCUUCCUAAAGUAUGGUACAACGGAGGGUGAUGAGAAAUGUCAAGAGCUGGUACAAAACCACCUUGCGUGCAUGCGAGGACUGGGCUUUAAGAUUUGAAGGUUCUGCGGGCGCGUAUUAGAAGAAGCGAACCAAUCCCCACUCAUACUAUAAAUACUGUAUGUAAUCUCGAAGGCGAGUACACACGCAUAAAGUUGGUUUUCCCCACACACACACACACACACUAUAAACUACAUUUUCGGCAACCAAUCC